GUGACGCGCUUCCGGCCGCGAGCGCAGCAUGGCGGCGGCGGCUGAGGCCGAGGUGGCUGCGCCUGCGUCCGCACCGGCACCGGGGUCGUUCCUGGCCUUGGAGCCGCGGCUGCAGCGUGAGUUACAACAGAAGGUUCAGCGGGUCCGCAAGAACCGGGCGCCCAAGGAGGAGCUGACGCCGGGCGCGGUGUACGUCGGGCACCUCCCGCGGGGACUCUCCGAGCCGCAGCUCCACGAGUAUUUCGAGCAGUUUGGGAAGGUGACGCGGCUCCGGCUGUCCAGGAGUAAGAAGACUGGAGCUAGCAAAGGCUAUGCAUUUAUAGAGUUUGAGUGCGAUGACGUGGCUAAGAUUGUUGCAGACACAAUGAACAACUACUUGUUUUCUGAAAGACUGCUAAAGUGUCAGUUCAUACCUCCUGAAAAGGCCCAUGAAAACCUUUUCAAAAACAGUAACAAGAUCUUUCUGAAGCCUUCUCAGCCGGCGGUCAGGCGGUACAAUAGAGUCCGUUCCCUCGUCCAGAAGGCGAAGAUGACGAAGCGGCUGCUGCGAAAGGAGAGGCUGUUACGGAAGAGGUUGGCUGAGAAAGGACUCGACUAUGAUUUCCCAGGAUUUGCUGCACAGGAGCUUUCUGUGAAGAGAAAAGGAGUUCAAACAUCCAAGGAGUCAAAACUGAAUGCUUCUUUGAACAGCCAGGAUCCUACUCCAGUCUGUACUCCAACAGUGCUCGAGCGCCGGAAAGCUGCUCAGGCAGAUGAUGAUGCAGAGGACAAUGAAAUCACUCUCCGACUGCCCCCUGCCACUGCUAAGAAUGCUCUGCAGAGACCAAAGAAACGGCCAAGGAGACGACCAAACCUGAAGAAACAGACUUAAAAUGUUGAUGGCUGUAGCCAUAUUUUUCCUCAGUUCAAAAAAUUGGCAAGGUGGAGCUUCUAGUGAUUCUGCUGCCCUGACUGAGUUUGUCUUAAAUAGACUGUUUCAGUCUUUUCUAGACAAGGAAUCUAGUCACAAAUCAUUCCCCAUCCUGUUCAGCCAUCAGGGGACCUACAGUCUUCUCUGCCUUUGCAGAUAUUCUUAACUUUGUGCUCACAAGUGCCCAUGCUGUGACACGCCUACAGCUCUGCCAGAACCCUCAGUCAGUUCUGUGUCUUGUCUGUAGUGCUCACUGUUUUGAAAGGAAAUGUGAGGCUGUCCAUUCAGAACUUCCUGAUGUGGACUGUGUCUUACCUUUACAAUUAAUGCUGGGUUAUAAAAAAAAUAACCAUUUUUCAA